UCUUCUGAUAAAAAAGAAAGAUUUUUCUUUCAGCACCUGUCUUAUUGAAGAGAAAUCUAAAGGCCGACAUUUAUGUCAUUACAUUUGUGUGUCACACUUUAUGUUUUUUUUUUCCUUUAUAUGAAUAAUAUCAUAUAAUUAUUCGAUGAUUAUUUCAUCGAAAAAUAAAAAUUUUACUUUAACUCAGCUAUAUAUCUUACCAAUCGAUGGAUUAUCAACAAUAAAACCAACAUCGUUUAAAGAUAAAGAUAAUAUUCUUGUAUCUGAAUUACUUACGUAUAAACUCUUAUUAAAUUUAAUCAAAUGUUAUUCUACUGUUGAAACACGUUAUCGUUAUACACUUAUGUUACAAGAGAAAAAGUUAGUUGAUCGUAUUCUGUCCAUUGUUCUAUGUUUAAUACCAGCUAAUCCACAAUUUAUUGAUCCAUAUUCAAUGUCUAUUUCAAAUAUAACAAAAAGGUUAACAAAUACAAAAUCAAUGUUUGAAUAUGAUAUCCAAUUAGAUCCAAAAUCGGAACAUAAUUCUUAUGCCAUUUCCCAUUUGGCCUGUUCUAUUUAUAUUCAAUGUUUAAGUUUAAUUCCGGCACUAGUGCGUGAAUGGUAUCAUAAACAAACAAAACGUGUUCGUGAUGCUGUUGACAAAGUAACACAAAAAUAUGUUAGUCCAACGUUGAUACAACGCGAACUAGAGACAGUAACACUAUCUUCAACUUCCUCUUCUAUGACAACAUCAAGUGGAGAAGCGGGCAGUGUAACAAUCAAAAAACAUUCUCAAACACGAGAAAUAACGGCCAUUUAUGCAAUUGAAACAUCUCGAGUAGAAAUUGUUAUUAAAUUACCAAUUAAUUUUCCAUUAGUUGUUGCUAAUAUUGAAUGUACACAUCAUGUUGGAUUUUCAAAAGAACAAUGGAAUAAAUGGAUGUUACAGUUAAAAACAAAUCUUGUACAACAUAAUGGAACUAUUGCCGAUGGUCUACUUCAUUGGAAACGUAAUAUUGAUAAAAUGAUGCAAGGAAUCGAAGAAUGUUCAAUUUGUUUUUGUAUAUUACAUACAAAUAAUCAAUUACCACAGCGUACAUGUCGUGUGUGUAAAAAGAAAUUUCACGAUGCGUGUUUAGUAAGUGAUGGACAAUAUUUUUAA